CCCGCUUGAACAUUUUAUUUUUCUUGACACAUGCGAAUAUCUCGUCGGCAGCUGUGCUCUCACAAUGCAAAAUACAGGUCCAAAUUAGGUUCCAAUCUCUUCCGCUUAUUACGUAUAGUUUAAACUCCGAAAAAAAAGGUAGGCACCUGGUCGUGCGAGAAUGUUUCCCACUACAUUUUUUGUUCUUCUCGAAUGGAGUGUGUGGCGCGGCGGCGGCGGCGUUUUCGUCUCACUGAUGCAGCUUCUGCUGGAGGGACUGGUCAACCGAGCCACGCAUGUGAGUGCCACCCGAAAUCAUAUUUUGUGAAAGCACCUGUUGAGUAUUCACCUUCGUGGACCGGCAGCACCUCCGAAACUGGAUUUCUCGGUUGAGCCGCAUCGAUUUUACUUACCAAACCAAGCCUACUAGCUCCUGAGGCUAUGUGGCUGGCACCGCUGUUAUUCAUAUUCGUGGUCGGCUUGUUAAUCUUGCGUGAUGUGAAAAAGCCGCGAAACUUCCCGCCAGGGCCAACAUGGUGGCCGAUCAUCGGCAGCCUUCCGGAGGUGUCCCGGUGGCGAAAGAAACUUGGCACCCUGACGAUGGCGGCAACAUUUCUGGCAAAGCAGUACGGCAAGGGAAAACUGGUCGGGCUGCGCGUCGGCAACGACGUCCAGGUGGUGCUCACCUCAGCCGAGUUGGUCAAGGAGAUGGCCACAAAGCCAGAGUUCGACGGCAGACCCAGAGGACCCUUCUACCGCCACCGCACCUGGGGACUUCGCAGAGGAGUAUUGCUUACUGAUGACGAGUUCUGGCGCGAUCAGAGGCGCUUCCUCAUGCGCCACCUCAGGGAUUUCGGGCUUGGUAAAGCGAGCCAGAUGGAGACCAUCAUCAUGCGAGAGGUGCAAGCUCUGACUGAUUACUUCAAAACUGCCAUCAGCAACACAGCCGACGGAAAGACGUUGAUGCCGCUGCACAACGCUUUCGGCGUGUCGGUGCUGAACACGAUUUGGGCGAUGCUGGCAGGCAAGCGUUACGACCCUGACGACGCCGAGCUGUGCACCCUGCAGAAGAUCCUAUCAGACAUGUUCGCCAGCAUGGACAUGACGGGCUGCCUGUUCAAUCACUUUCCCAUCCUGCGCUACGUGCUGCCCGAGGCGUCCGGCUACAAUUACUACAUGACGUGUCAUCAGAAGCUGCUGCAAUUCCUGCAGGCCGAGCUGCUCCGCCACAAGACCACCUACAUGGAAGGCUCCCCCAGGGACUUCAUGGACGUCUUCAUCGCCGAGUCAAACACCAGGAAGGACGAGGAUUCCAAUUACACGGACAUUCAACUGAUGGCGAUUUGCAUGGAUAUGUUCAUGGCCGGAUCAGACACAACAAACAAAUCUUUGAGUUUCGGUUUUCUGCACUUCCUGCGUCAGCCGCACGUGGUGCGAAAAAUCCAGGAGGAAAUUGACAGUGUCGUCGGCAGGGAACGACCCGUCACCUUGGAUGAUCGGCCCAAAAUGCCGUACACGGAGGCGACGGUCAACGAGUCCAUCAGAGUUUUUGUUGCACACGCAAUCGCGGUUCCGCACAGAGCGAUGGCUGAUUCAACGUUGAUGGGCUACUCCAUACCUAAGGACACAAUUCUGGCGGUCAACUACCAUGGAAUAUUCAUGAACGAGGAGCUGUAUGAAGAUCCAUGGACGUUCAAGCCAGAGAGGUUCUUGAACGAAAAGAACGAAGUCUCUCUGCCCGACCAUUUCAUUCCUUUCGGAGUUGGUCGAAGGAGAUGCAUGGGAGACACGCUGGCGAAAACAAACAUUUUCCUAUUCAUCACAAACCUGCUGCAGACGUUCAAUUUCGAAAACCCCAAAGGCCGGCCUCUGCCCGACCCCUUUCCUAUCGAAGGCAUCACGCCCUUCACGCAAUUAUACGACGGCGUCAUUUCCCUUAGAGAUUAAUAUUUUGAGAUUGUGAUCGACUGAAUGAAUGAGUUGAAUGUUUCUGCGAUUCCAUGCACAUGCAAACUUGCACAAGCAUGUGACAAUGGAGUUGCAAAAUAAACAAAUGUAUCGGCAUUUCACAUACGUACGCUAUCUCACAGCUUUCUCUCGGAAAAAGCUGUGAUGAUCAGCACAAGAAUUACCUCAUUUAAGGUUGCAGAUUUUUUACUAAUAUCUCACGACAUGAGUUAAACGAAUCUUUGUUCCUCUCAUAAGAACCCCAUGUUAAAUAAUGCCUCAUCUGGUAGAUGAGUGGAAAAUGAUUUAUUAUUUGUUUCUUGGUGUAAAGAGUUCGUCUAUCGAUUCAUCCUCGCAGAACAUAUUAAAAAAAGUUGAUUUAAAAUGAUUUGUAAUUGCGAGGGAAGACACGAAAAUCGGAGAUAGCAGCAAAAAUCCUCGCCACUGAUUGGCUUACGCAACGCGCAUGUCAGCAGCAUGUCGAGAGUUGUUGCUAGGCAACCGCGGGAGCUGCUGUCAUGCGCGAUACGUCAGCCAAUCAGCGUGAUUUUCCUCGCAAUUAAAUCGGUUUAAAUCAAUUAUUUAUAAUUGGUUCCUGUGAUGAUAAAUCUGAUAAAUCACAACUCUUUUAACUUUAAGUAGGCGCCAAACGAAAGGUUUUCCGCUCAUUGGUAAGCGAUAUACUCAAAGCAUUUAACAUUAUGUGGAAAGAUUUUAAGACGAUUAAAUUUUUUGUAAAAAAAUGCAACCCUGACGUAAUUGAUAAUUAUUUGCACGACUGCUUUCUUACCGAAAAGAAUUAUCUAUUGUUUUUUAAUUUUAAUUAUUAACUAGUUGUGUAGGUCUAGAUUUUUAAAUAUGCUAGUUUUGUAAAUAAAUAUUUGACAAAAACCAGAA